AUGACAGCCCCCCCCGUCGGUGCGGACGAAACAACUUGCAGGUCAAACCCCCCGCCCGCCGUUGCCUCAGCACCGACUUGCUCCUCCGACGCGCCCACCAGGCCCAGGGGCGACGCGAGAUCGCAAGGGGGAUGGCUUGGAGGGCCCGGCGGGCCCGGCGGUAUGGCGACAAAGGUGCGGAGGCGGGUGCUGGCGCUGGUACGGGACCUCGGCAGGUUUUGGCUUCCUACCGUCAGGACAGUACGCAGAUGGUGCCUGGGCUGGCCUCUCAGUGUAGGGGGUUCCCGACCGGGUGGACUGAAGCGCGGGCAUUGCGGGAGGAGGCGUCGCAUAGGCGAGGGUGGUUUUAUACGCGUGCGCAGGCAUGGCAAAACACCUGCUCGACGGGGGGAGAGGGCGGCUGCGGAGCGCAGGCGGAGGCGCCGUGUGACCCCUGGCUCACCCCGGCGCCGGCACAGACACAGGAAAUUCUUGGUGCCUAUACAGCUGCUGCCCUUGCUGCUAGUUCUGGUGAUGCCAAGGCUAUCCCUGAGCCUGAAUCAGGCCAUUGCUGUUGAAACGGUGCCGACCAGCCGCUUUCCAGCGAUUGUCAGCAUCAGAGGCAGGGCCCAGCAGCACGUUUGCACAGGAGCUGCUAUUGCCAGGUGGCACGUGCUUACAGCUGCUCAUUGCAUUGAUCGGGCAGGACACAAUCUUCUGAUAGCGUUUGGUCAAGUUGUGGCUAAUAGCAGCUGGCAUCCAACUGGGGUAAAGGGCAUCACAGAAGAAACUGAGGUACAUCCCAGGAAAGGAUGCCCGAUGCUAAAACAGAAGCAGCCAAAGCCUGUUGGAGCUACGUGUAGAAAAGCAGCACGUGCACCCCCAGUGGAACGGAAACUGUACCGAGGGCUUCGACGUUGCUCUGCUUGA